AUGUGCGCCGAGUCUUCUAUUCUUGUGGAGAAGCAUGUAAACUUCAUCCAUUCGAUUGAUAAGAAGAUGCUGUGGAAGGCACACCAUUUGAAAAUGAGUGGUGUGUACUGGGGUCUGUCUUCGCUAAACCUUCUCAAUCGCAUGGAUUACGCUAAGGAGGAUGUGGUGGCGUUUGUGUGCAGCUGCUACAACGAAGAUGGGGGUUUUGGCGGCAACCAAGGUCAUAGCUCACACAUGCUCUAUACCAUGUCCGCCAUCCAGCUCCUUUGCUUUUUCGACGCGUUAGAUCAUAUCAAACGUGAUAAAACCGCCGCAUGGCUCGCCUCCAUGCAACUCCCUGACGGAUCUUUCCAAGGGGAUAAGUGGGGUGAAGUGGAUACGCGCUUUUCGUUUAUUGCCGUCAGCGCGCUGCAGCUUAUUGGGCGCUUGGAGUGUAUCGACCUCGAGGCGGCGGUGCGUUGGGUGAUUUCUUGCCAAAACUGGGAUGGCGGGUUCGGCGUCGUCCCCGGCGCGGAGAGUCACGCCGGGCAAAUCUACUGCGCACUCGGUGUUCUCACCAUCGCAAACGCGCUCGAUCGCAUCAACACCGACGAGCUGGCGGCGUGGCUGGCGAUGCGGCAGCUCCCCUCCGGCGGCUUAAAUGGGCGUCCGGAGAAGAAAGCGGAUGUCUGCUACAGCUGGUGGGUGAUCUCCUCGUUGGCGAUGUUGAAUCGAACGGAUUGGAUCGACCGCGAGGCGCUCUUUCGCUACAUCUUUUCCUGUCAAGACGACGAGGACGGCGGGAUUUCGGAUAAGCCCGGAAACGCGGCGGAUGUGUAUCACACCUUCUUCGGUUUAUGUGGGUUAAGUCUGCUGAACUACAAGGGCUACCCUCUGAAGCAGAUUAAUCCGAUAUACGCGAUGCCUUAUGACGUGUUGGAAAAGAUAGGGGUGCCCGAAGAUCGGGGUCUUUACGUCGGUUUCAGACGUUCCUAA